GCAACAAGGAAGUGACUCGCAACACAAGGACACAUCAGCGCCCCGACUCUCGCAGCAACACUCACCGUCUUGUGUUACUCUCUGGACUUGAGAAACUUUGUAAACAAAGUGAGAAACUUAUUAGUGAUACGUGACAGGGCCAAGCUACUCUUGGGAACUUGUUAAUUAUAAAGAUGGAAGCAAGUAAGGUCCUGACGUCCCUGUUGGUGCUGACACUGACAGGGCCAACCCUGGGUUACCCCUACACCAGGGCCGUGGCAUCCAGGAGUAGCGGGCGUGGCCGGGAGCAGCUACUAGAUGCGGGGCUAGGAGACUACCUGCUAGGCUAUACUGAUGACCAGUAUGUACUCCCAGAGUACACUCCCAGCAAGCGUUAUACAUAUGCAGCACAACGACCCAGAAUAAAUGCUGUAAGUAUUACGGCAACGCGGCUGUUGGAUGAAUGAUGGUGAAGGCGUAUUAUUCUUUGAAUCACAUUAACUUGCUUGAAGAUAAUUAUGGCCAAGACAGCUAUCAAGUAAAUAAUGGUGAAUGUGUUUUCUUUUCUGUAACGUUAAUUUUUUUUUUUUUCAUUUUCUCCGCCAGGAGACCCUGCAGCACUACUGCCGUUCCUGACCGCCGCCAGGAACGACUAUGUUUACGAUUACAACACUUACAGCGACGAUGAUGGUACUUGGUACGACACUUCGGUUAAUGACGACUUGGCAGACACCGUUACCACUGACGACUCUGCCUCCUCCCUGCUGCCCAUGUUGCUGGAGCGACGACCUCUGAGUUCUUCCCCUAUCAGGUACUCUCUGGAGGACCUGGAAAACAUGGAGCGGGAGGCCGCAAUGGAAGAAAAUACAGAGAACCAACUCCACGAACUCAUGGCAAAGAAGAACAUUAAGCGAACUAACAUGCCCAUGCUAGGAGGUCACGUUGCUAUUAGUCCAAGACUACUGAGGAAGGGGCAGAAGGAGGAAGCUUACGACAUCCCAGCCACCUCCGUCAGACGACCAGUCUUUGCCCGCACACUUACCACCCAGCCAGAUGAACAGACCCAGACACAGUCUAGCAGCAACACGAACACCAUGACAAAGAAAACCGUAGAGAUUCAGAGUGAACCAAGUGCGACCAACUCCAGCAGCAGCAGCAGCAGCAGCAGCAGCAGCAGCAGCAGCAGCAGCAGCAGCAGCAGCAGCAGUAGUAGCAGUAGUAGCAGCAGCAGCAGCGGUAACAGCAGCAGUAACAGCAGCAGUAGCAAGAACAGCGAGACAGCAGCAGCAGCAGAGGAUGUGACCAUGACGCCGUACAUGCAGGACCGCUACGAAGCCUUCAAGAAAUACCUCGACAGGGAAAGAAAAAUUCGCCAGCUUCAAGAUAUGGAGAAGGAACUUCAGGACGAGAGACGUGCGCCACAGAAACGCUUCAUCAGUGAGCAGGAAUCUCUCUCCCAACAGCUAGCAAACCUCAAGAAGACUGUGGCUUAAAUUACGCCUCUCUGCUGGAUAAUCAAUAAUUUUGACACUGGAGAUUGUGGGAGAGCACUUGAGUCUUCUUCAGGGCUCUGCGUGUCGUCUCCAGAGUUCUAAAAGUCUUCUCCAGGGCCCCAAAAGUCUUAUCCAGGGCCCCAGGGCCCAAUGUCUUCUUCAGGGCUUCAAGCAUUAUCUCCAGGGCCCCAAGAGUCUUUUCCAAGUCCCCUUGAAUCUUCUCCAAGGUCCUGCGAGUCAUCUCCAGGGCCCUACCAGUCAUCCCCAGGGAGCUGUGAGUCAUCUCCAGGGCCCUACGAGUUAUCUCCAGGGCCCUACGAGUCAUCUCCAGGGCCCUACGAGUCAUCUCCAGGGCCCUACGAGUCAUCUCCAGGGCCCUACAAGUGAUCAGCUUUGGUGAGCUUGAGAACCAGCCGCGAGAAUUCAAUCAUGGAAACAAAAAAAAAGUCAUACUGACAAUACUGCCGCACCAAAAACACUGCAGCAUCAACAACACAUUUGACGUCUUUGAUGUUCGUAGGUCAAAAUUAAAUAUGAAGAUGACUUCGAUCCUCUGAGUUAAAAAAAAAAAGAGAUGACCUCAAUCCCCUAUAUUGGCUGAAAAGAUGACUUCAAUCUUCUAUAGGGCUGAAAAGAAGACUUCUAUCCUCUAUAUGGUUGAAAAGAUAACUUAAUCCCCUAUGCUGGCUGAAACGAGGACUUCAAUUCCCUAUAUGGGCUAAAGAAGGGGUUUCAGUUCCCCGUGGGCCACCUCGGUACGAAGCAAGAGAAUCCGGGGCAGAUUUCCUGGCGUGACAAUAGCAGACUUCUAAAUGCCUUCUUAAUGUAUAAUCCGAUUAUUUUAGUUUUUCCCAUAAUUCUUAACUCUUACACACCUCUGAGGCGACUUGGAAUCCAUAAAAUGUGUUCACACUCCUCAAGCUGAAGGUACGUUUGCGCCUGGAAUAAGUUGAAGCCAAAGAUGCAAGUUGCAGAGGGCGAAACAUGGUGUCUCAGUCAAAGCUUGUUCUGCAACAUAUCUUCGUCUUGACACUCUUCGACACUAAGCUGCUUUUUUUAAUAGUCGUUAGAUUGUUGAGUUCAUAUUGACACGUUUCGACACUACGCUCAUUUUAUAUCAUCAGAUUGUUUGAUUCAUCUUCAUACGUUUCGACACUACGAUGUUUUUACCGUGUUUGCAGCUCCUUGUAAAUAUCCAUUUUGACUUAGAGUCACAUUCUAAAUUCUAAGCAGUGAAACAUUUUUUAACUUAAAUUUAACAGUUAUUUAAAGUCAGUUUACUUUGAUUAAAUACAGAAGUAUACUGACACUUUGUAUACUGCCAGUGUAUAUAUUUAUUAAUGAACGAAAAACACAGUUUCCUUUACUCUCUUAUACACUGAUAAACUGCACGAAUUUGAGCCCUAGAAGUCAAAUUAUAGAGGUGAAAUUCUCUUAUCACAGCAGAGCAGUGAGAUGAACAGUGAUAUUCACCUCUGAAUCACCUCUCAUGUUAUAUCAAUCCUCACUUAUACAGAUUAUUCUUUGAACUUGAAUAUAUACAGAUUCUCCUUCUUUAAGCAUGCCUAUAUAAAUCCAUUUCAGUAUUGCACAUCUCGUUACUAAGUCAUAAAAAUGGAAAUUCUACUAGCAUACAGCGUCUUAAACUAGCUGUUUGUUGUAUUAUGAGUGAAUGUCUCAGUGUAUCACUACGUAAAAUGGAAUUCAAGGACCAGCUGCACAAUGCCUACUGUAACACUUAUCUCUGGGGAAAAGUAGAGGUUCGGGUGUAAUGCCUACAGGUGUGGAUGGAAAGAUUCAAUAUGUGGGCUUUUUUUUGGCAGUGAAAACGUUUCGCUCAUGAUGGUUUGAUAAAGCCAUCAUGUAGCAGUUCAAGCCAGGUCUGUGUAUUGUGUUUCCGAACGCCAUCUGUGGGGAAAGUCGGUCAGUGUGUUCUUGAGCACCUCUAUAUCUGUAAUGUUUAAAGACUGAUUUUUUUUACAAGUUGGCCUCUGUGGUGGAGUGACCUUGGUCAACAGAGGUGCUGGCUAAUUUAGUGCAUCGUCUAGCGAAUUCAUCCCAGGUCAUAUUCCAACCUCUUCAAACAAAUCCCAUUUCGUCCUCCCCCAGCGAUGCCUAUUCCCCCUCCCUUUCAAAUACACAUCUAAUGUUACUCUCAAAACCACCUUCUCAGAAUAGCUAUUUUCUCUAACUUUUACUUUUUGUAUUUUAUUCAUCUUGAGUUACCGGAAUCUUUUCGUCAAGUAACGUCAGUGUUUGCGUUGAGUUGCGACCUUGAGAACACGAUCUAAAUACUAUGGUUAUAACUAUGACCUUAAUUUUUAAAGGGGUGGACCGGUAAGCCAGCUGAAGGACUCGGUCAGGUGACCAAAAGCUCCAGCUGUGGGUCAUCAUAUGAGUUAAGACCCGCGUCAGGAAACACUUGUCCUGUUGACUCGCGAAAUCGUAAUAACACGAUUGUCAACAGACCACGGAUGUGGGGUUUCAAUUUUUAGGACUCACUCGCCGUGGGUUCUAACCCCACCCGUACCAUGGGUUGACUAGUCCUGUUUCCUGACAAACCUUACCUAACCUAACCUAACACGAUCUUUGUCGCGGUUCUUGAGACGAGAGUUCACCAAGAUUAACGUUUUCGUGCUACAAUUUGUACCUGUUUCUAUAAGUUACUGGUUACAUUUCACUUCCUCAUCAUACCAAAGUUGUUAACUUUUACCCGAGGCUCGUUUUUGAGGGGUCUCGCAAGAAAUUUUAAUGUAUUUCGAGUUUAUAAGAAGCUCUCAUCUGGUAAUGCAAUGGUAGACUAUACCGACAUAUGUAAAUAAGACACACAUUGGGGGUUAUGGCAGUUGUGAAGACGUUUCGCCCACCAGGGACGUUAUCAAUUCACCCUGGUGGAAGAAACGUUUUUACAAUGAAUCGUCAUAAGCCACACUGUUUUAUUUACAAAACACACACACACACACACACACACACACACACACACACACACACACACACACACACACACAUAUACACAAAUACACACACACACACACACAUACACAAAUACACGCUCAAGCUUUCAACUGGACUUAAGAAUACUUGUCCUGUGGGAAGAUGGUCUUUGGCUUAAAGGACCACGAGACCAGUGGAUGGCAACACAGCAAUUAAGAUAAACUUAGUCUACAGGACUAGUCAAGGUGUCCUACUAGUCUGUAGGCCAAGCCUGUAGGAUUUCCCACCGUAUCAUGCUCACCUUCAUGUCAAGCCUGCAGCCUAGCCCGACUGCCAUGUUCCUCUAAGCCUCUACCAUCUUCUCAUUUUUCUCGAUCCCGUUUUCUGGGCUCAAAAUGUAUAAUAUUCUCUUCUCUUUGAUCCCUUCAGAUGCCAAAUAUUAUCAUUAUUAAUAUUCCUCUUAAUAAAAUCCUUCUUCUAAGGAUAUUCAAUUUGUACAUUGUAUGUACCGUAUCACCUCAAAAAAAAAAAACAAAUGACUUAUUUUUGUAUAAAUCAAUCGAGUGACUCUAUAACGGCACUAGGGCAUGCAAGAGAUCUGUUACAUAUCGUGGUAUAUGUAGGGAAGAUAUAAUUGGCCUUUUUCUCUCUCAGAUUAUAUGUCCUAAUGCCUUUCAGUAAGGAAGACCUUUCUUGACAUGUGAUACUAUGUAACUCUCUCAA